CGCGGUAGCCGGGCGGGGGAGUUCUGUUGCGCUUGCGCACUUACAAGAUCGGGGUUGUCGCUGGAGCCUUGAAAUGAAGCGCGUUUUCUCCCUGCUAGAAAAGACUUGGCUUGGUGCUCCAAUACAAUUCGCCUGGCAAAAAUCAUCAGGAAACUACCUCGCGGUAACAGGAGCUGAUUAUAUUGUUAAAAUCUUUGAUCGCCAUGGCCAAAAAAGAAGUGAAAUUAGCUUGCCUGGCACCUGCGUUGCCAUGGAUUGGGAUAAAGAUGGUGACAUCCUGGCAGUGAUUGCUGAGAAGUCCAGUUGCAUUUAUCUGUGGGAUGCCAACACAAAUAAAACCAGCCAGCUGGACAAUGGCAUGAGGGAUCAAAUGUCUUUCCUUCUUUGGUCAAAAAUUGGAAGUUUCCUGGCUGUUGGGACCAUUAAAGGAAAUUUGCUCAUUUAUAAUCAUCAGACAUCUCGAAAGAUUCCUGUUCUUGGAAAACAUACUAAGAAAAUCACAUGUGGAUGUUGGAAUGCAGAGAACCUCCUUGCUUUAGGAGGUGAAGAUAAAAUGAUUACAGUUAGUAACCAGGAAGGUGACACAGUAAGACAGACACCAGUGAAAUCGGAGCCAAGUGACAUCAAGUUCUCCACAAGCAAGACAGACGAGCGAAUUUCUUCUGCUGAAAACACAAUAAGUGCAGUAGUUGGCAAGAAAAUGUUGUUUCUUUUUCAUCUGAAUGAACCAGAUAACCCGGUUGAUCUGGAGUUUCAGCAAGCCUAUGGCAACAUCGUCUGCUAUAGUUGGUAUGGAGAUGGCUACAUCAUGAUUGGCUUUUCCCGUGGAACAUUUUUGGCUAUUUCUACUCACUUUCCAGAAGUUGGGCAAGAGAUAUUUAAGGCUCGUGACCAUAAGGAUAAUCUAACAAGUGUGGCAUUGUCACAGACUCUGAACAAAGCUGCCACAUGUGGAGAUAACUGCAUAAAAAUCCACGAUCUGACAGAAUUGAGAGACAUGUAUGCUAUAAUUAAUCUGGAUGAUGAGAAUAAAGGGCUGGGUACCUUAUCCUGGACUGAUGAUGGUCAAUUGCUAGCACUGUCUACCCAAAGAGGCUCACUGCAUGUCUUCCUGACCAAGUUGCCCAUCCUCGGGGAUGCCUGUCACACAAGGAUCGCAUAUCUCACCUCCCUCCUUGAGGUCACUGUGGCCAACCUCAUCGAAGGAGAGCCGCCAAUCACAGUUUCCGUGGAUGUGGAACCCAACUUUGUUGCAGUAGGGCUCUAUCAUCUGGCCGUGGGGAUGAAUAACCGGGCUUGGUUCUAUGUCCUUGGUGAAAACGUUGUCAAAAAGCUAAAAGAUGUGGAGUAUCUGGGAACAGUAGCCAGCAUCUGCCUUCAUUCUGACUAUGCUGCUGCACUCUUUGAAGGCAAAAUCCAGUUACAUUUGAUAGAAAAUGAAAUGUUGGACGCUCAGGAAGAACGCGAGACUCGGCUCUUUCCAGCAGUGGAUGAUAAGUGCCGGAUCUUAUGCCACGCCCUAACUAGUGAUUUCCUCAUCUAUGGAACUGAUACUGGCGUGAUUCAGUAUUUCUUCAUCGAAGACUGGCAGUUUGUUAAUGACUACCGGCAUCCUGUUGGUGUGAAAAAGCUAUUUCCUGAUCCAAAUGGAACCAGAUUGGUUUUCAUUGAUGAAAAAAGUGAUGGAUUUGUUUACUGUCCUGUUAAUGAUGCAACCUAUGAGAUUCCAGACUUCUCGCCAACCAUUAAAGGUGUUCUUUGGGAAAACUGGCCAAUGGAUAAAGGUGUAUUUAUUGCUUAUGAUGAUGAUAAGGUGUACACGUAUGUGUUUCACAAGGACACCAUCCAAGGAUCCAAGGUUAUUUUGGCUGGUGGCACUAAACUUCCCUUCUCUCAUAAGCCUUUGCUGUUAUACAAUGGAGAACUGACCUGCCAGACACAGAGUGGGAAAAUCAACUCCAUCUACCUCAGCACCCACAGCUUCCUUGACAACAUAAAAGACACGGAACCUACUGACCUGAGGCAAAUGCUGACGCAGACCCUGAUGCUCAAGCGGUUUUCUGAUGCUUGGGAUAUAUGCAAGAUGCUAAACGACCACACCUCCUGGAGUGAGCUUGCCAGAGCCUGUCUGCAUCACAUGGAGGUGGAGUUUGCUAUCCGAGUGUCCCGGACGAUGGGGGAUGUCGGCAUGGUGAUGUCCUUGGAACAAAUAAAGGGAAUCGAGGACUACAAUCUUUUGGCAGGACAUCUCGCCAUGUUUACUAAUGACUUUAACCUGGCUCAGGACCUGUACCUGGCAUCCAACUGCCCCGUGGCAGCCCUGGAGAUGAGGCGGGACCUGCAGCAUUGGGACAGCGCUCUGCAGCUGGCGAAGCGCCUGGCCCCAGACCAGAUACCCUUCAUAUCCAAAGAGUAUGCCAUCCAGCUGGAGUUCACCGGCGAUUAUGUGAAUGCCUUGGCUCACUACGAGAAAGGCAUCACCGGUGAUAAUAAGGAACAGGAUGAAGUGUGCCUGGCUGGAGUGGCUCAGAUGUCCAUACGAAUGGGAGACAUCCGCAGAGGGGCUAACCAAGCCCUCAAACACCCCAGCAGGGUCCUUAAAAGAGACUGUGGAGCCAUAUUGGAGAAUAUGAAGCAAUUUUCAGAAGCCGCCCAGCUGUAUGAAAAGGGCCAAUAUUACGACAGAGCUGCCUCUGUCUACAUCCGCUGCAAGAACUGGGCAAAAGUCGGCGAACUUCUACCUCAUGUCUCCUCUCCGAAGAUCCACUUGCAGUAUGCCAAAGCUAAGGAGGCAGACGGAAGGUACAAGGAAGCCGUGGUGGCAUAUGAAAAUGCAAAGCAAUGGAACAGUGUCAUCCGCAUCUACCUGGACCACCUCAACAACCCCGAGAAGGCCGUCAGCAUCGUCAGAGAGACCCAGUCUCUAGAUGGAGCCAAGAUGGUAGCCAGGUUCUUUCUACAGCUUGGUGACUAUGGGUCUGCCAUCCAGUUUCUAGUCCUGUCCAAAUGUAACAAUGAAGCCUUCACCCUGGCUCAGCAGCACAACAAGAUGGAAAUCUAUGCAGACAUCAUUGGUGCUGAAGACACAACUAAUGAAGACUAUCAAAGCAUCGCCUUAUAUUUUGAAGGAGAAAAGAGACAUUUUCAGGCUGGAAAAUUCUUCUUGCUGUGUGGCCAGUAUUCACGGGCACUAAAGCACUUCCUGAAAUGUCCAAGCUCAGAAGAUAAUGUGGCAAUAGAAAUGGCAAUCGAAACUGUGGGCCAGGCCAAAGAUGAGCUGCUAACCAAUCAGCUGAUAGACCACCUGAUGGGGGAGAGCGAUGGCAUGCCAAAGGAUGCCAAGUACCUGUUCCGCUUGUACAUGGCGCUGAAACAGUACCGUGAAGCAGCCCGGACCGCCAUCAUCAUCGCCAGAGAAGAGCAGUCUGCAGGAAACUAUCGGAAUGCACAUGAUGUUCUUUUCAGUAUGUAUGCAGAACUUAAAUCCCAGAAGAUCAAAAUCCCCUCAGAAAUGGCUACCAACCUCAUGAUCCUGCACAGUUACAUACUUGUGAAGAUUCACGUUAAGAGUGGAGACCAUAUGAAGGGGGCGCGCAUGCUCAUUCGGGUGGCCAACAACAUCAGCAAGUUCCCGUCACACAUCGUGCCUAUCCUGACGUCUACUGUAAUUGAGUGUCACAGGGCAGGCCUGAAGAACUCUGCCUUCAGCUUUGCAGCUAUGCUGAUGAGGCCUGAAUACCGCAACAAAAUUGAUGCCAAGUACAAAAAGAAAAUUGAGGCGAUGGUCAGGAGACCGGAUACUUCUGAGACAGAGGAGGCCACGACCCCAUGUCCAUUCUGCCAGUUUCUUCUCCCAGAAUGCGAGCUUCUCUGUCCUGGCUGUAAAAACAACAUUCCCUACUGCAUUGCAACAGGCCGACACAUGUUGAAAGACGACUGGACAAUGUGCCCACACUGUGGCUUCCCUGCGCUGUACUCAGAAUUCAAGAUCUUGCUAAACAGUGAAAGCACGUGCCCCAUGUGCUCAGAAAGAUUAAACUCCAGCCAACUGAAAAAAAUUACAGACUGCACCCAGUACCUACGGACAGAGACGGAAUAGUGAGCUGCAGGCCCAGACAGUGCUCCUAAGAGAUGGCAUCUCCCCUCAGGAAGCUGUGUCCACCCGGUAGACAGAAUGAUUCUCCUUGGAUACAGAAAAAUGAAACAGGCCAGCACAUUCAGCUUCUGCAGUGACACAGUGACACAAGCAGCUAUUUACUCAACUGUAUAUUUCUUCUUCAAAAUCCUACAUAUUCUGUGCUCUGGACUAUUAGUAGUAUAUGAAUUGUAAAUACUAAGUUUUUUAGUAACUUUUAUAUUUAAGUAUCUCCUUUAAAAUAAAAUUGUUGACUAGAUA